AUGAACGGGACAGAAGGCCAAGACUUCUACGUGCCCAUGUCCAACAAGACCGGGGUGGUGCGGAGCCCCUUUGAGUACCCCCAGUAUUACCUGGCUGAGCCUUGGAAGUUCUCGGCGCUGGCUGCCUACAUGUUCAUGCUGAUCCUGCUCGGCUUCCCCAUCAACUUCCUCACGCUGUACGUCACCAUCCAGCACAAGAAGCUCCGCACACCUCUGAACUACAUCCUUCUGAACCUGGCUGUUGCCGACCUCUUCAUGGUCUUCGGAGGCUUCACAACCACCAUGUACACAUCCAUGAACGGGUACUUUGUCUUUGGAGUAACAGGGUGCUACAUCGAAGGCUUCUUUGCCACACUGGGCGGUGAAAUUGCUCUCUGGUCACUGGUGGUCCUGGCUAUCGAAAGAUACGUAGUGGUCUGCAAGCCCAUGAGCAACUUCCGCUUUGGAGAGAACCAUGCCAUCAUGGGUGUUGCCUUCUCCUGGAUCAUGGCCUUGGCAUGUGCAGCUCCCCCACUUUUCGGCUGGUCCAGGUACAUCCCUGAGGGCAUGCAGUGCUCGUGCGGGAUCGACUAUUACACUCUGAAGCCAGAGGUCAACAAUGAAUCUUUUGUCAUCUACAUGUUUGUGGUUCACUUCAUGAUCCCGCUGUUGAUCAUUUUCUUCUGCUAUGGGAACCUGGUUUGCACAGUCAAGGAGGCUGCCGCCCAGCAGCAAGAGUCUGCCACCACCCAGAAGGCAGAGAAAGAAGUGACUCGCAUGGUCAUCAUCAUGGUCAUCUCCUUCCUCAUCUGCUGGGUCCCCUAUGCCAGCGUCGCCUUCUACAUCUUCACCAACCAGGGAUCAGACUUUGGGCCCAUCUUCAUGACCAUCCCGGCAUUCUUUGCCAAGAGCUCGGCCAUCUACAACCCUGUGAUCUACAUCGUAAUGAACAAACAGUUCCGUAACUGCAUGAUCACAACCCUCUGCUGUGGCAAGAACCCACUGGGUGACGAGGACACAUCUGCUGGCAAGACAGAGACCUCCUCCGUCUCCACCAGCCAGGUCUCUCCUGCUGGGGUGGGCUCCUCGCUCCUGGCUCUAGGAACCCUGGGAACAAGGCUGAAAAUGUGUACACAUGUUUUGUAA